AUGAGCGCUACAUUUUCUUACGCGCAAGCCGCAAAGGGCUCCUCCGGGCCAUCUGUGACUACCAAGACCGUACCUACUGAGGUGCAAAAUACCGAGUUCAAGCCAGAGGACUCGAGCAAUGACGCUACUCCUGAAUCCGUUACCACCGCAUCCGAGGCCGAGACACCGAAGGAAACCGAGAAGUCCACACCAACUGAGACCAAGGACGAUGAGUUCACCACGGUGACCAGCAAAUCCCGAACCAAGGCUCUCCACCCUCGAAACUCUUCCUCAAGCGUCCGAUCAUCGACCAAGGAAUCCAAGGAGAGCGAUUCCUCAAAUACCGCGAACGGAAAGGCCGAGUCUUCCUCAGAGAAAAAGUCGCAGACUGAUGCGAAGACUGAGAAAUCCGAAAAUGCUAUGGAAGGAUCCAAGGACAAGUCUGAGAAGACCGACAAGACUGAGAAGGCCGAGAAGGCCGAGAAGGAUACUCCCCCGAAGGAGUUGAAGGCCGCUCCUCUCCCCUCAGUCAACAUCUGGCAGCAGCGGAAAGAAGCCCAGGAACUCAAGGCCAAGACAACGCCCCCCAAGUCCACCGGCAAGACUGAGGAGAACCAGCAGGACUCCAACAGGUCUAACUCGAAAAAGAAGGGCACCGACGGCCAAACAGAGGGCUCCAAGGCCGGUAAGAAGACCGAGGGUGGAAAGGGACGUGACGAGGCACUCCCACCUGUCGGCGAUGCUUCAUUGUGGCCCACUCCCGAGGUUGCAAUUGGAGAAGAAAAGAAGAAGGCCCAAGAAAAGACUGAUAAGACUGAAAAGACCGAGAAGGUCCCCGUUGCGCGCACUCACGGCAAGGAGAAGUGGACUCCCGUGGACUUUGUCCCUAACGCCGUUUUCAACACUCCCCUUCCUCAGUCUGGCCGUGGAGGUGCUCGCCGAUCUGCCCGAGGUGGACGUGAAGGUGGCCGUGGUGGUGCCCAUGCCGCCGGUGACAAGUCUGCUGCUGGGCAGGCUCACCAGGGAGCUACCGCUAAGCAAGCCGGUGGCGAGCGAGGACGCAAUGAGGCUGGCUCCGGUCGCGCAGCCUCUCUUCCCGCGCAGUCGCACCGCUCGGCCAGCGCCGAUGUCAACAACUCGGAGGGACGCAAGGCCCAGGGCGGCGAGCGCGGCCGUGGACGUGCCACCGAGGAUGCGGCCGCUGUCAACGGCAAGCAGUCCAACGAAAACGCUGGCCGGCCACAGAAGCAAAUGAACAAGAACAACAACGCUCAGAACUCAAAGAACCCGAAUCUGGCCGUGGAUUCUCAAGCUGCCGCCCGUGCUACUGACCGUCGCACCGAGUCUGGAUCCAAGUCGGCCGACCCGACCGGAUUCUCCGAGUUCAACCGUGGUGGACGUGCCAACAACCGUGGUGGUCGCGGUCCUUACAGCUCCUUUGCUGGCCAGAACUCCCAAUUCGGCAACCCGGCCAAUUCUGGCUUCGUCCCCAAGUCUUUUGGCUUCAACGAGCAGCGUCAGCGUUCCCACAAUGGCUUUGCUAAUGGCAACGGCCAUCAGGGCAACCGCAUGCCCAUGCGUUCUCCCUCCUUGCCUGCUUCGGGCAACAUGUACAACCCCUACACUUACCCGGGUGAUAUGAACGCCAUGUACGGCUACCAGCCCAUGGGCCCUGCUCCGAUGAACGUGCCGUUCCAGCCGGCCCCCGGAGGAGAGUACAUUUCGGCCUUGCUGGUUUCGCAGAUGGAGUACUACUUCUCUGUUGAUAACAUGUGCAAGGACAUGUUCCUACGUCGACGUAUGGAUUCCCAAGGCUGGGUUCCUUUGACCUUCGUCGCAGACUUUAAGCGCAUCAGGUCUCUGACCGACAACCUCGAGUGGAUUCGAUUCUACGCCCGCCAACUCCAAAAUGCCGAGUACCAGAUCUUCGAGGAUGGGGUGGAUCGGAUGCGUGUCCGAGAGAACUGGGCUCAGUGGGUUUUGCCUACUGACCAGCGUCACCCGUCCGCUCAGCAUGAAGGUGCUGUCCCGGUCAAUUCCACCGGCAAUGCCGAUGAGAACGUUCCAUUUAACGCCCCUAGUGGCGCGAUCCCGAACGCUCGCCAGCCAUCCGUUCACAACGACUCCGCCUACCCUCGUGCGUCCCACACGCUGUCCUCUACGGCACCCGAGUUCAAGCCUUCGGCACCGAUGGCCGCUCAACAGGACAUUGCAAAUGUAGGAUACCACCCCGCCCUGCAGAUGUCCCCAGGAUGUUACCUUGAGGGAUCUGUGUAUGACCCCUCCUUCACCGGGUCCCGCCACGGGCCCCACUACUACUAUGGUGUUAACGAAUUCCCAGCGCGCGGAUUAAAUCCGAACACCCCGCGCUUCUUCCAUCCUCCGCCGCCGAGUGGGUAA